AUGAGUUGUACCAUACUACUUCCCUAUUUGCACCUAGUUUUAAGUGAGUGCAACGCAGCAGUAGGCGUGAAAGCCUUCUUCGAUAUGAUGCACAGCGGACCCCACAAACUCAUGCUGUUCGGGGCAGCGUGUACUCAUGUAACCGACCCCAUAGCUAAAGCUUCCAAACAUUGGCACUUAACACAGCUAUCAUACGCAGAUACACACCCGAUGUUCACCAAAGAAAAUUUUCCAAAUUUUUUUCGGAUAGUACCAUCCGAAAACGCAUUCAAUGCCCCAAGACUGUCUCUUCUAAAGGAAUUCAAUUGGACCAAAGUCGGUACUAUUUAUCAGAACGAACCUCGGUUAGUUGCUGAAUUAGAUACAAUGGGUUACCAGGUUUUAGAAACGCAAAGCUUUACCAACGAAGUUCUUUCUGCACUUACGAAGCUUAAGGAGAAGGAUACUCGAAUAAUAUUAGGAAAUUUUAACGAAAUAUGGGCUCGUGAUAUCUUCUGCGAAGCAUACAAACUAAAAAUGUACGGUAAAAAGUAUCAGUGGAUCAUAAUGGGGACGUACAGUCCGGGAUGGUGGACGCGGUUGGAGCCUGACUUUAACUGCACGUUGGAAGAACUGGAGUCAGCGUUACAGCAAACAAUUUUGACUGAUCUCUUACCAUUAUCGACCAGUGGAGAAAUUACAAUAUCUGGAAUAGUAAGAGUAACCGGACCUGUACGAUUUUACGAUAACGAAAGAAAGGCGAGCAUUCUCUUGAAGCAGUUUCAAGAGGGUAAAGAAGUAAAAGUGGGCGAAUAUAGUGCUGCAACACAACACUUGGAUCUCACACUCGGGGAUCCACUUAAGUGGAUUGGCAAGUAUCCACCCAAAGAUAGAACUUUAGUUAUAAUAGAACAUACCAGGGUAAAUAAGACUGUUUACGCCAUUUUAGCAACGUUGUCAGUUUGCGGUAUAAUUAUGGCCAUAGUGUUUCUGGCUUUUAACAUCAAAUACAGAAAUCAAAGGUAUAUAAAAAUGUCCAGCCCGCAACUAAAUAAUUUAAUCAUUAUUGGAUGUAUGUUGACAUAUACGAGUGUCAUUUUUCUUGGACUGGAUUCUGGAUUAUCCAGUAUAGAUGUCAAAUUAAACAAAAAGGUUAUCAAAGACUACCAGCUCUUUAUGGUAGUCGGAGUACUUCUUGUCAUAGAUUUGGCUAUCAUGACUACCUGGCAAAUAGCUGAUCCCUUUUAUCGAGACACGAAACAAAUGGAAAGAUACCCACAUCCUUCUAACGAAGAUAUUAUUAUUAUACCCGAAAACGAAUACUGUGCUUCUGAACAUCAAACUAUUUUUGUGGGGUCUAUAUACGCCUACAAAGGCCUUUUAAUGAUUUUUGGUGCCUUCUUGGCCUGGGAAACCCGUCAUGUGUCAAUUCCAGCACUUAAUGACAGCAGGCAUGUUGGUUUAUCCGUUUACAACGUCGCCAUCAUGUGUAUAUGUGGUGCUGCGGUAGCUUUAGUAUUAGUGGAUCAUCAAGAUGCAAUGUUUUUAAUAAUAGAACUAAGAAGGAAUCCGGCAGGAGCUAUCGACAAAAGGUUUCGCCCUACUCUUAGACCAAUGUCCAAGACUCGCAGGGAUUCCAGCGUUUCCGAACUAGAGACUAAAAUUAAGGAUGUUAAAAGUUUAAACUCCAAAUAUAGAAAAACUUUAUUAGACAAGGAAUCUGAAUUACAGAUGCUGAUUAGGAGACUGGGAAAUGAAGCCAAGGAAUUGUUAGAAUCUAGAGCAGACUCCAUGAGUGACACUAACAGACUAUCGGUACCUCUACUAAGAAAAGAAGCACCAAGUGCCACGGAAACUAGCGAUUUAACUUCACUGUGCAGUUUGAGUUCUCAAGAUUAUGCUACUUUACAAAGAAAUGAUAGCCAAAAGCAAGUUUUCAAUUUUUUAUAUUUAUAUUUGUUGAUAUUGGGGAGGAAGAAGAAAAUCAUAGGAGAGUCUCCCAAACGUGCAAAAUCCCCUGUCCCUAUACUUCAGGAACCUCAACCUGAACCUCAAAAGCAUCUAAAUGGUACUGUUAAACAAAGCAAUGAGACUUCGGAAUUGGAUAGCAAUUACAACACAGUUAAGGAGAUUACUAAACCGGAAUAUGAUAAACCGCCUGAUUACCAACCAGUGGAAUAUCCUAAGGAAGAAUAUGUGAGGACGAAAACUCCUACACACGAAAGAAGAUCGUCGAGAUGCUACGAUUCGGAAACCAUGACAAUAACACGAAGAAAGUCUAGUCUGAAAGCCGAAACUGUCGUUGAACAAGAAGAAAGAAUGUGUCACAAAACUGCCGUCCCCAGUAACCGAACAACUCCAAAGAAAAAACCUGAAUACGGUACUCACGUAGUAAGUAAAAGCGAACUCUGGGACACUGGCAGCCAACACAGGUGCAUGAAAAGUCAUCAGAAAAAUAGCAGAGUUAGUAUAUCUCAAGAAGAAGACGAUCCUCACAUGCACCGAACAGUUUCCGAACGAAAUCGCCAUUCUUCGCAAAGAGAAAAACGCGACAAAUCACCUGCCAAAAAACAACAAGAGCAACAGCAACUGCCUACGAAUAUUUGCAAUCAGCAGUGCAACAAGUUGGGUUACUUCCAAAGUACCCCUAACGUGAACUCACUGAAGAACGCUGCUCAUACGCCUAAACGGGAAAAAUCGAUGUACAACGCCACUUCUGAAAGUGAACUAUUAGACCGCGAAAUUUUACCGAUUUUCCAGAAAUUGCUCACUGAACGCAAUAAAAGCCAGCAUAAUAUAGACUUUUCUUUCGGCAGGUCGUGUCCGAACAUUUCUAUUAAGUGUGAUAUUGUCGAGUAUUUGUAA